AUGCAGAUGCUCAGGAAGUCCGCACAGCUUUCUGGCGGCGUGUCGCGCCGCUCGGUGGUGACCGUGCAGGCACGCCGCACUGUCAAGAGCUCCUCCUCGGACAGUGCCUGGUAUGGCCCGAACCGCCCCAAGUACCUGGGCGGCCUCUCGGGUGAGACCCCCGCCUACCUGACCGGCGAGUUCCCCGGUGACUAUGGCUGGGACACCGCCGGCCUGUCGGCCGACCCUGCGACCUUCGCCCGCUUCAGGAAGAUCGAGCUGAUCCACGCCCGCUGGGCCAUGCUCGGCGCCCUGGGCUGCGUGACCCCCGAGCUCCUGGCCAAGAACGGCGUGCCGUUCGGCGAGUCUGCCGUCUGGUUCAAGGCUGGCACCGCCAUCUUUGCCGAGGACGGCCUCAACUACCUGGGCAACCCCAACCUGGUGCACGCCCAGUCCAUCCUGGCCACCCUCGGCUUCCAGUUGGUCGUCAUGGGCCUGGCGGAGAGUUACCGUGCCAACGGCGAGGGUCCUGGCGGCUUCGCUGAGGGCCUGGACGCUGACUACCCCGGCGGUCCCUUUGACCCCCUGGGCCUGGCUGACGACCCCGACACCCUGGCUGAGCUCAAGGUCAAGGAGAUCAAGAACGGCCGGCUGGCCAUGUUCUCCAUGUUCGGCUUCUUUGUGCAGGGCCUGGUGACCCGCGAGGGCCCCAUCGCCAACCUGGACAGCCACCUCGCCGACCCCGGCGUCAACAACGCAUGGGCGUUCGCGACCAAGUUCGUCCCUACCCUGUAA